GUCUCCACCGUGGUGAUAAUCACCGUUCUCCUCGUAGGGUCCUGCAUCAACGAGCUCGUUCUGAAACCCUGCAUCAACGAGCCGAGGCCCCCGAUGACGGCCAAUAGGGACGCGGACGACAGGCCGAUGCCAGGCAUGCCCUCCGGGCACGUCUUCAACUCGCAGACCCUCUGCGUGUGGUACCUCCUGCUGGUCGUGUUCGAGGCCGACCUCCCCCCCGCGGAGACCGUGUGCCUCGCCGCCCUGCUGGUCGCGGCGAUGCCGCUCGUGCCCUGGGCGCGCUGGUACAACGGAGAGCCGCGGGGCUGGGCAACGGCCGCGCCGGGCGGGUCCCUCCUUCCGCCACGCGAAGCGGGCCUCGCCGCCUUUGUUCUAGCGAUACGGGUGCUGCUGCCAGUGACCCUGCACACUGGCCGCCUGGCGGAUUCUGCACGCCGGCGUGCUGUGUGGGCGCCCUGA